AUGGAGUUUUUCAAUCAUAAGGGGCACAAUUUGAAAAGUGUUGCCAGCCACGGUGACAUUAGUGACAGUAAUCAGUUUGUUAAACGCCCCCAAAUCAAAAUAAGCGGAAAUCAAAUAAUACGAGCAACAACACAUCCAAAGGAUGUCAAGGAUUGUCCAAAAAUACAGAGCCCACAACAAAACCGCCACCAGCAAAGGGAACAUCAGGAACAGGCAACUCAUCAUCAUACCCAUCAUCAUCAUACACAUACGCAGCAGCAGCCGCAGCAACAGCAACAGCUGCAUCAUUUUCAUCAUCUGCCGCAGCCUCAGCAGCAACAACAGAAACAUCAACACUAUCAUCAUUGCCACGACCAUUAUCAUCAACAUCAAGCGGAGGAGUUUGUAUGCCGCGAUUCCAAGAAAAUCUCAUCAACGGCAACAGCAUCGUCCUCAUCAUCAACGUCGUCGACAUCAUCGUUAGCAACGCCUACCCCAAAUACUUUGAUUUGUACACGUCAUGUUUCAACAUGUCCUGCCCACACUAAACAUUGUCACGGCCAACAGCAACAGCAACCGCACAACUGCCAACAACGCAGAAAACACUGA